AUGUCAAAAGCGGAAGCAUUAAAAUUCAAGGAUCUGGGAAAUGCCCUCUUAAAGGACCACAAGUACAACGAGGCUAUUGACGCCUACACCAAGGCCAUAGAAUUAGAUGCCUCGAACCCGAUCUUCUAUUCCAAUAGGGCUCAGGUGCAUAUCAAGUUGGAGGCCUAUGGCCUGGCCCUCAGCGACUGUGACACCGCCUUGAAAGUGGAUCCGUCGUUUGUGAAGGCAUACUAUCGUAAAGGUGUAUCUCUCAUGGCUAUGUUGGACUACAAGGCCGCACAGAGUAACUUCAGAAUAGUGUUGAAGAAGAUUCCCAACGAUAAAGCCACCAGUGAGAAUCUCAAACAGUGUGUCAAUUACUUGAAGAAAGAGGCGUUUGAAAAGGCGAUCGCAGGGGAUGACAAGACGUCCGUGAUCUACUCUUUGGAUUACGAUAGCAUUUUGGUUGAAAAGUCAUGGGAUGGUCCAGCCUUGGACAUCUCCACUUCCAAGAAGAGCGGAGGCGAUGGUGUGCAAGAUAUGGACAUCGAGAUCAAGGGUCUAGAUAUCGACUACUUGAAGUUCAUGAUCAAGCGCUUCAAGGAAGGCGGCAAGUUGCCCAAGAAACAUGUGUUUGCGAUCAUCGCAAAGGUGCACCAGAUUUUGAAGCAAGAGGCUUCUAUGGUCGAGGUUUCGAUUCCUCAUCCUGACAUCUCCUCUGAAUAUAGCAGUGACGAAGUUGUGCUUCCUGACGGUAAAAAGGUGACUGUGGUCGGUGACACCCAUGGCCAGUUCUAUGACGUCUUGAAUUUGUUCAGUAGAUUCGGCCAUGUGUCCGAUGAUCACAUUUUCCUUUUCAAUGGUGACUUUGUCGAUAGAGGCUCCUGGUCGUGUGAGGUCGCCCUUUAUCUCUAUGUCUUGAAGAUUUUGUUUCCUCGCUCCAUUUACAUCAACCGUGGAAAUCACGAAACCAAUGAUAUGAACAAAACAUACGGUUUCACCGAUGAGUGUGAAGCCAAAUACUCCAAGAAGGUCUUCGAAGCAUUUGCAGAGUCUUUCGGAGCCCUUCCUUUGGCUACCCUCAUCAACCAGCUGUACCUUGUCAUGCACGGCGGCUUGUUCUCUAACGACAAGGUGACUCUUGCCGAUAUCAAGAAAAUAAAUAGAUUUCCAACCUCCGGCUCAUCUCAGCCACCAAGAGAGGGUCUUGCGAUGGAACUUCUAUGGACUGACCCUCAACCAGAGAAUGGCCGUUCCCCUUCGAAGAGAGGCUUGGGUAUUCAGUUUGGACCUGACAUUACCGAGAGAUUCUGUUUAACGAACAAAAUCAGAAAGGUUUUGCGUUCUCACGAGGUUCGUAUGGAGGGUGUGGAAUUUGAGCACAAGGGUCGUUUGAUCACUGUGUUCAGUGCACCUAACUACUGCGACAGCACCGGUAACUUGGGAGGUGUUGUUCAUAUCCAACCAAACUUGAAGUAUGAUGCCAGCAAAGAUGACGGAGAAGGUUACAGAAACGCAGAUGAUCCCAACUGUCCUUGGGUGUUGCUGACAGAGACAUUCUCAGCGGUGCCACACCCUGAUUUGAAGCCUAUGGCCUAUUCUAAGAGUGGGUUUGGAUUUUAG